UUGAUAUAUAUUUUUUUUUCGUUAAUUAAAAUAGUAAAAUACGUAAAUACAUUCUUUUUCGUUUUUAAACUUAUUCUUUUAUAAUGGAUAUUUUAAAUAGAAAUGUUACAUUUUGUUUCAUUACUGACUGAAUUUUAAUCUUGAUUGAGAAUGUCCAUAAAUGUUCAUGUUACUGGCAAUCCGAUAAGCAUAAAAAGAGGAAAAAUGGUUACUUCAGAUUUCGACCAGUGUAAAAACGAAUUCGACAAACGCCGCCUUAUGAGACUAGAACAAGUUAGGCAACAAUCUAAAGACAUAGCCGAAGGACUUCGCAAUAAAGUUAAAAAAGAGAAAAAGGUACAAAUGAAAGAAAUCGAAGAAGAGGGGAAGCAGAAAUUAAAGAAUUGGCAGAACAGAAAGUUAUUGGAGCUACAAAACCAAUAUCAGGAAGCUUUAAAAGAACUCGGAGUAGCUCACAGAGCUGCACAAACUAUUGGCGAUGAAAAUGAAAUUAUUGCCGAGCAAGAGCUCCUUAAUAACAAGAAGGCCGAUAAACGAGGCAAAGUGGCUGGCGGUAAGUUGUGUGAGGAAAAAAUUAAAGAAGAAUUGGAUAAAGCAAGACAAGAUGAACGAAGAAAGUUUGUACGUGAAAUAGAAAAUGCCAGAGCUCAGAUGAUAACUAGCCCUAAACCUAAAAGGCCGAAAGUUUGGGAAAAGCAGCGUAAAUCGGAUGGAGAUAUCAGCAUAACAGUCUGUGAUUCUGAUGAAGGUGACAGUGAGAGUGAUUUGUCUGAGAGUGAAGACUCUGGUGAAAUUGAAGAGUCAUCUAGUUGUUCAUGCCUUGCAAGCAAUUCAAAGGCUUCACUUACAGGAAAUGUUUCUAAAAGAGAUUUUUCAGCCACCAAGCACCAAGAAGAAAAACCUCCAUCCAUAGUACCACCGCUAAACCUCCCCCAGGACGACUCGCCCAUUAACUUUAUUCCUCCAAAUUCACCGUCGGAACCACCAACUCUAUCUUCACCAAGAAAACCUCGCCAAACUUACGGCGACACCAGAAUAUCAGACAGAAUAAAGCGCAGGGAUGGUGUCUGCACCGACAAAAGGGACAUCAAAAGCCCAGAACCCACUCGAAUACCCUUAGUCGAAAGCCGUACAGAUGUACGAGAUUUUAUAAGGUCGAGGAGAUGUCACACUGACUGCAUUUGUUGUUGUAAACGCAGAGGUCACCACAGGACUGCUGAUAAGCAGGUGGAAACCGAGUUUAAGGAAGAUCACGGUACACAAACUAGCGAAAAUUAUAUCCCGUCACAUCCCUCUGUUAUUGUUAAAGACAAACAAUCAAAAUCUUCUUUGGACGGGAAGCCGUCGGGUAGCAAAGUCAAAGUAUACGAUCAUCCGAAUAGAUUCACCAGUGAAAAGAGUAUACCAUUCGGUUCAAUGGUGGAAAAGAUACCACUGGAGAGCCUGGAAUAUAUGACUGAUCAGGCUUCAGAAGAAGAUAGGCAAGAAGCCAUCAAAAGAAGAGAUCGCGAUGCUCAAAUUAGAGGAAAGAAAGCCUUAGAAAAGGAAAAAUUGCAACGAGAAUAUGAGGAGAUGCUCAAGAAGUUACCAUUACUGCAAAAGAAGGAACGAAUUUGCGAGAUUUACAACGAUAAACCAGAGUAUCACAUGUCUGAUGAGCGAUUAAAAGAGAAGGAACGCGUUAAGCAGAAUAAUUUGGAAAACGCUUACGCCAAGCUAUUUCCUAACCUCAAACCGGCUACUGUGACCCUACCGAAGACCGCUCAGACCAACGAUGAAGAAUCUUCCAACGACAACGAAAAUUCCGUGCACUCCUUAAAUACUGCCGAAUGGGACGUAGACAAUAGAGUACCUAAUAAAUUUUCUUCCAAAGAAGUGCAAGACAUCAUCAAAGGUUUCAUUAAACGCAAACCGCGCGAUAGAAGAUCGACUUUGAGAGAACUGUUGAAGACUUUGAACAUACAGAAAGAGGAAUUAUUGAACGCUAUUGCUGCUUUACCGCAAAACGAUACUAUAGAAGAAUUGAUUAACGAUUUGAGAUCUUUUAGCGAUACUGACGCUAGAAGCAAAUCAAAAUCGAGUAAAUCGAAUAGGAAGCGAAGGAAAGACAACGAAGCGGAUACGUCGAUCGACAGCAGUCAGGAAUCAUCUUCUAAGGACAUUAAAGGUGUUGGGAAGGAAAGCUCUUCGAGAGGAGUCGGGAAAUCGCCCAGGAAGAAAGCCAAGACGAAAACCCGGCCGAAUGUUAUUAUAUUGCAGAAUACCAGUACGCAGACGACGCCGAAGAGUUCCAAACAGGUGACGAAGGUAUCCGAGGGUGUGAUGACCGAUGAGACGAAGAAGCAUGAGAAAAUUUGUGAUAAACUGCACGUACCUUGCGAUUGCAAUAAGGAGAAUCAGGAGACAUCUGAUGAUUUGUGCCAUAUUUUUAUCAAGCUGAGCGACGAUGAUGUUCCUGAGGUUCUGGUAAAGUCUAAAGACAAAGAAAAAUCUUCAAAAACUGCCUUAACGAAACACACGACAAUUGGAACCCAAAUGUCUCCAGACGCAACAAUCAGAACCCAAAAACCACCAGAAACCAUCAAAAAACCACCCCACAAACCCAAACCAAGACCACCAGAACGAAAAACCGCGAAAGCAGACCCUAGCGCAGAAAAAUCUCGAACCUGGAGAGACCAGCUGAGCAAAAACUCAAUCUCAACAACCAGUACUUCUUACUUAAGCCCUCCUGAUUUCCACAGAUCCAAAAACUCCGAAAAAUCAUCAUUCUACAAUCAAAGAUCCAAACCUCAUAAAGAUACUCUCUCGUCAGCUUUUACUUCAACGAAAUACGAUUCGAUGAAUCAAUCCACGGAUCCGUUGAAGCCGUACGUGAAGCAAUUGUUGAGUAUGUCCAAAGGAAUCGUGGACAAUAUGAGUGUAUCGACGAGUAAUGUCGAGACACCAAGCCAGAGUAUCAUAGAGAUGGAUACCAACGUUCCAAAGCAGGAAUUGAUGCAGUUGGUGGAACAAUUUAAGGGUACAGUAGAUGAUAUCGCUACUCGUUUACAGUCCUCUCCUGACAUUAGCGCCGUGCCGUUCAACACCAGUGCUACCAGUAGCGGUAAAUCUUGCAACCAAACCGAUUGUCGACCAGUUUACCAAGAGAACACUAGCUCGUCUUCUGGUCAAGUUAAAGAGGAUCUAGUAGCCCAGUACGCGAAAGUAUCUGAUUCUGUCACUAAGAGAAUAGCCACCUUGACCAAGAUGAUCGAGGAUUUGAGAAAUGAGAAGAUCAAAAUGCUGCAGUCGUCGAAAUCGAAGAGUUUUCAGGAUAGGGAUUUUUCGACGAGGUAUAUGGAUUUACCGGAAUUAAGGUCCAGUAGUAGUUCCAGUAAGAGCAGCAGUUCGGAAGAGGAGGAGAUUCUGAAGAAGUUGAUGGAGAUCGAUCAGAGCGUUGUGGAGAAGAUGGGAAAGAUCAGGCAACAGCAGCAGCAUCAAAGGACUUCUAAAGAUGCGGUCGAUAGAAGUGAAGAUUCCGUUCCAAAACCCAGGGACCUGACAUCCCCGAACUCGACCAACCAAGAAAUCAUCGACAGACUGCAACGCCUUAAAGACCAAGACCAACCGCCCAAUUCAACGAAAUCCCAACAACAAUCCUUCGUCCCUUUCCUCUCCGACAUUCCCAAACUUCCGAAAUUCGAACCCCAAACUGAUUCUAAUCAGCUCCACAAGCGCCCACCGCCUUCAAAAGGUCUAGCGGCCGCCAAGAAGUUCAACGGUAACAUAUCGUUGGUUCCUCACGAGCUAUCCACUAUAGUCGAAGGCGAUAGUCAGAUGUCGAAGGUACCUUCACCAGAAACGUCGGAUAUGAACUUGAACGUACCAUUACUAACGAUUCCCGAGGCGGAAUUAGAGUCUGGCAGCGGGAAGUCGCUCAAGUAUCGCGACUGCAAUAAAUCGAGCAGCAGUAGUAAAGAAAGGACGACUAGUACUAAGGAUGAUAGUAUGAAGUCUUGUGAUGAGUUACCGAGUUCUAUAUUGGGUUCCUCUUCGUCGUCUUCUUCAGGCAAUCGGAAGAAAUGUGAUGACUCCACUUGCGGUGCGAUAAGCCUGCAGCAUUUUUCUUCAUCUUCGAGUGACGACGUGGAAAAUAUCGAAGCUAUGUUGAGGAGCAUAGGAAUGGAAUGGGCAAUACCGACGCUUUAUAAAACCCAAGAAGCUCUAGCUUUGGGAUCAAAUAGUUCGAGUUCGUUGGAUGUCAGUAACAAAAAGAAGAAGAACCAAUCGGACGGCAUCGGCAGCGCCAGCGAGAUCAGUUUGCGCGAUUACCUGAGAAAGAAAGUAUUGAAGGUAUCAGCUAGUACGAUGCUUUCUGAUACCACCCCGCCGAGUUUCCUUGGGGAUCAGACGGAGCUGUCGGGUAUAGUGCAAUGCUUGGGUAAUUCCAGCGUGGAUAAAAGCAGGCAAAGGACUUCGACGCCAAUAAAUGAUAGCAAGAGUACCAGUAAAUCGAAAGCUGUGUUCACUGAUUCGGAUUUGUCAUCUAUUAAGCAGGAGAAGAGGAAGAGUUAGCGUUGGUUGUUAUUUAUUGAUCGGAUUUUAUUUUUUAUAUUAUGUACAAUU